AUGCGUUUGACGUUGGCUCUUCUAGUGCUGAUCGCUCUGAUCGCCGUGGCGACCGAUGCCCAAAAAAAUCAGAAAAAUACGAGGGUCAGGACACUGGCUAAUGGCACUUCCCGAAAGUCACGACAGUCGCGGACCAGGACUAAUGCCCGAGCUGGGACUGUGAGAAGGCGGUCGGUGAAUGCCCGCAACUCCAACCGCAAAUCGUUGAUUAUUUUUGGCAACGGCAGCAGUUCGUCCAGUAGCAGCUCCACUCCAGCCUCCCGCUGCACGACCACCUCCGUCAGCUGCUAUGCCAACUCCAAUGUCUGUGGACGCUGGAGUUCCACCCGCAGGUGUCAUCGCUUCAAGAACAGGUGCCUCAUGGAGCGUGCCAAUUGCCUGGCUAGUAAAUCAAGCUGGAAUGUGAUUAAUAUCGGCAACUGUACUAGCAUAAGUGUCAACAAUACUGGCACCUGUAGGAGCACAUUCUCCACGUCAACUUCAUCGUCUUCCAGCUCAAGUUACAGCUCUGCACUGUCCAGCAUACUUUCCUCCAUUCUGGGGUCAUCAUCAUCUUCAUCGAGUGUCACGCCCAUCGUUAUACGAACAGGUUAA